UGUGCACGGACCACGCGCGCGGGGUGCGCGCGGCCCCCGCGCGUGUGCAGGGCCCUGGCGGGCGCUCGUGCCCCGCGUGCGCGCGUGUGCAGGAUCCAGCCCGGGUUUUCGGAGUGGCUGGAGCCGCCGGCGCUCCCGGCCGGGGUCUCCGUCCCGAGCGCGCUCGGCGCCGCCGCCCAAGUUGGCGGAGCGGGACCCGCGGCUCCGCCAGUUUUGCCAGGACGCGCCGCCCUCGCGGGGCUCCGGCAACUUUCUCUGGGCGCCCGGGGCGGGCCGGGGAAGUGCGGGGGGCGCCGCGCCGUCCCGUAUCGUCCCGCCCCGACCGCCAGGGUCCCCCUGGAUGUGCCGCUUCUCGCCCGGACCGAGCCGCAGCUGCAGCCGCGGGAAGGGGGAGCGCGGAGCCGCGGGACCCGCCGCCGCGCCCGGCGCCGCUCGGAGCCGCUCGGAGGCCCCGACCGGCUCCAGCCCCUCGGCGAGGACCAGAUGUGCUCCUGAGCCUGGCCAGGCCCCGCGACGAUAUGUUCAACCCUGUCAGCCCCCCAGCCACUGGCUAUGCUGAGCACUGCUGCCUGCGCCCACCACACGGACCAGCCCCGGGUGCCUCAGGACCACAAGGACUUGAUUUCCCCUUAUGCCAUCAGUCAAACCUCAUGAGCAGUCACCGUGGUUAUGGGUUGGUGCCAGGAACCGAGCACCCAGGCAGUGGUGAUGGCUCACGGUUCUCAACACCCCGUGGUGCAGGCAAACUGGGCAAGAAGCGGGCACUGUCCAUCUCACCCCUGUCAGACUCUAGCAUUGACCUGCAGACGGUAAUCCGCACCUCACCCAACUCUCUCGUUGCGUUCAUCAACUCCCGCUGUGCCUCUGCCAGUGGCUCCUAUGGCCACCUCUCCAUCAGCACCAUCAGUCCAUCAGUGGGGUACCAGAGUCCACCGGGUCAGCAGAAGGGCCAAGGUCACCUGUACAGUCACACCCCGCCCCCCCCCCCAUGUAGCUCCCAUGAACACCUGUCCACCCGCCCUGGGCUCCUGCACCAUGCCCCAGCUCGUGGGACCCUCAAACACUGCCAGCAGCUAAAGUUGGAGUGGAGCCUCACCAGCCCUCUGACUGCCAAAUAUCCAGAGGAGAGGUCUGAGGGUGACAUCUCCAGUCCAGCUUCCACAGGCACCCAGGACCCCUUGCUGGGGAUGCUUGAUGUUCGGGAAGAUCUGGAGAAGGAGGAUGGAAAACCUGAGUCUGAGACUGUGUAUGAAACCAAUUGCUACUGGGACGGCUGUGCCAAGGAGUUUGAUACGCAGGAGCAGCUGGUGCAUCACAUCAACAAUGAGCAUAUCCAUGGGGAGAAGAAGGAGUUUGUGUGCCACUGGGCAGCAUGUUCCCGGGAGCAGAGGCCGUUCAAGGCUCAGUACAUGUUGGUGGUGCACAUGCGACGUCACACAGGCGAGAAACCUCACAAAUGCACGUUCGAGGGCUGUAACAAAGCCUACUCGCGCCUGGAGAACCUCAAGACGCAUCUGCGCUCACACACGGGUGAAAAACCCUACGUGUGUGAACACGAAGGUUGCAACAAGGCCUUCUCCAAUGCUUCUGACCGGGCCAAGCAUCAAAACCGCACUCACUCUAACGAGAAGCCUUAUGUGUGCAAGAUUCCAGGCUGCACCAAGCGCUACACGGACCCCAGUUCCCUGCGCAAACAUGUGAAGACGGUGCAUGGCCCUGACGCCCAUGUCACCAAGAAGCACCGAGGGGAUGUGGUGCCAGGCCGUGCACUGCCUGCCCCCAGUGGUGCCCCAGACAUGAAGCAGGAGAAAGACACAAAUGGCCCCACUGAGGCUCGGAAGGAUGACAGCAAACUCUUGGUGCCUGACUUGGCCUUGAAGCCGCAGCCCAGCCCAGGUGGGCAGUCGUCAUGCAGCAGCGACCGCUCCCCACUCGGCAGCACUACCAACAAUGACAGUGGGGUGGAGAUGGCAGGCAACGCAGGUGGGAGCUACGAGGAUCUGUCCACACUGGAGGACGUGGUGCCCGGUGAACCCAUGGGCACAUCAGGGCUCAUGGCCCUCCACAAGCUAGAAAAUCUUCGCAUUGACAAACUGAAGCAGAUGAGGAAGCCAUCAGCUACCAAGGGCCUGAAUUUGCCAGCCAUCCCUGGAGCCGGCCUGCCUGGGGAGGUGCCUGGGAUCUCUGUGCCGCCGCCACCUGCCUCUCACAGGCGCAUUGUGGAGCUGUCAGCAUCAGAGAUGGGCAUGCCACUGAACGAGCGCCGGAGCAGCGCCACCAGUACUGUAAGCUCAGCCUACACCGUGAGCCGGCGCUCAUCCUUGGUGUCCCCAUACCUGGCUGGGCCAUGUCUGGGCGAGGCGGGGGCAAUGCCUGGUGGGGCAGGCCUGGCAGAUGCCUAUGAACCCAUCUCUCCGGACGAGUCGCGACGCUCCAGUGAUGCCAGCCACUGUGGAGGGCUGCCAGGUGUGGGCAGCCUUACCCCUGCCCAGCGCUACCGUCUCAAGGCCAAAUAUGCUGCAGCCAUAGGUGGCCCACCCCCAACUCCACUGCCUAGCGUGGAGCGGGUGGGCAUGGGUGGCCACAGCAGCUUACCUGGGGACCACAUUGGGCCAGCCGAACCCCACUUCCUUGCAAACGGUUUGCUGCGAAGGCACAGUUCCAAUGACUACCGUGGCUGUGCAGGCAGUGUUCCCCCUCACCUGGUGCCUCGGAAUGGCAUGCGGCGGGCCAGCGACCCUGCCCGGAGCACAGCCAACCCUCAUGCUGUGCCCAAGGUGCAUCGUUUUAAGAGCAUGGGUAACGUGAAUGUGCCAGGAGUGGGCCGAACUGCUCUGCAGCCCCUGGGUGCUUCUGAUGCCAACCUUCAGCGCCAUGUCUUCUCCCCACGCCCACCCAGCAUCAGUGAAAAUGUCUUCCUGGAGAGUGUGAGCAUAGAGGGCCUUGGCCUAGGCAUGGAGUCUGGCUUGUUAGAGAUGGAACAAUACUGGAACUACCCCGAGGAAAGCUUCCCAUGCCAGGGGACAGGUGUGGAGCUCCAGUGUGAAGGCCUCUAUGGCAGCACUCGCCGGACCAUGGCGGGUAUGCAGCUGAACCCAGGAGGGCACAGGGACAUGGAGGAGGGGUUGCUUCAGUCCGAGUUCUCCCUCCCUCAGUGCCAAAUGAACCAGCGCUUCACAAGUACGCAUGCUGGCAACGGGACCAUGCCAGCUCCUUGGGAUGAACCUCCCCAAGGCAAUCUGGAGAUGAAUUCUGAGCAGUCAAGUGUCAGUGCCUCUGCUGCUGCCACGUCUGGGCCGCACUGUCUCCAUCAAAGUACUGAAUACCCACUACCCAGUUCCUGUGGGCAGCAACCCAGACUUGCGAGUUCAUGCCAGGAUGGUGGAUUUUCUGGGGGGCAUCGGCUUAAUCGACUGCAGAUCAAAUCUGAGCAGCGUUACCCAGCACCUGCCCCAGCCCUCGCUCCCUGCCAGAAUGCCAAGCUUGCUGGGCCCGUGCAGCCUCCUGCAUCACUUGGCCAAGCCAUGAAUGUAGGGCCUGGUGUUUACCCAUCCGAGGAACAGGCACCUGUCAGUUACAUGGGCAUGUUGAGCCUGGGCACUAGAAGAGCCCAGACCCCCACUAUGCAGACCAAAGAAGUGAUGGUCCGUAGCUAUGUGCAGGCGCAGCAGGCUCUGAUGUGGGGAGAUCAACUAGCCUCCAGGGGAGGGGAGGCUGGCAUGGGGCUGCGCAGUGAAGCUGGGCAAUGCCAAGCCAUGCAAGCAUCGCUGUACCUCAGCCCCAAGUACUCUGGUUACCAAGCCAAACCAGAUCACCUGCAGGGUUUGGCAGAGACCCAGCACCUCCUGACCACCCCAUGCUUCAACCCAGAGAUGGUGCCACACCCACCUGGUGGCCCUAAGCCACCUGGUCACCAAAACAAUCUGAACUAUGUGGGCAACCUGGCUCAGCCAAGCCACCCCUAUGAAGGUGUGGAAGCCAGCUCCCGGCGUGUACUUCGCUUGCCCCCUGCCCGCCCCACACCUGAGGGGCCCAGUAAUGCUCUGCUCUGUUACCCAGGGCAGGGCACACACGUGCAGGCGGGCAAAGGUGGGCAUAAGCUGCUGGGCCAAACAGCAGUGAGCUGUGGGAGCCCCGAGAAUUAUGGUGGGAGCUUGGAAGGACUCAAAAGCAGCUCAUAUUACUACCUGGAUUCAGGCGAGCAGGUGGCCAACAGCCUGGACUCCCUGGACCUGGAGAAUACGCACCUUGACUUUGCUGCCAUUGUGGAAGAUCCAGACGCACCUGCACUGCUGCCUGGGCCCCCAAGCCCUGUGGGUGGCCUUCUGCUUCCUGCAUCUGGCGGUGCCAACAUGGCUGUGGGUGACAUGAGCUCCAUGUUGAGCACUCUGGCAGGGGAGAGCCAUUUCCUCAACUCCCUGUCCUAACUAGGAGGCACCAGCCGUCAGGUGGGCAUGUCUGCAACCAGGGCAGGCCCAAGCCAUGUUUGGGCAGAGGUGUGAAAUCCCUUCUCACAUGCAGAUUCAUGCCUGAUGCGGGCAGGGGAAGGGGGAGAAAGACCCCGAAGUCUCCCCUUUUCCAGUCUGUGAGUGUCAGGCUCUUCCAGGGGAGUGAUGUUUCUGGGUCCUAAACACAGCUGGAACCCUGAUCAGGUGCUUCAGGUCAUCACUUGGGGGGGGAAACUGGUUUUACUGAGCCCUUCCAUUCCGGUGCCUGGAACUUUUCCAUUGGAACUUUUCCAUGCCUCCCUUGGCCCUCUGGACAAGGUGGCCCUGUGCAGUCUUAAUGUUGAAACCAAAGAGUUCCACCCUCCUCAGCCCUGUGGGCAGGCCCCGUCCCUAUAUUCCCACUGCCUGCAUCGUGUUGUCGUGUCCGUCCCCUCCCCCCUCCCCCCAAAUCCCAGUCUCUGUCAGGAGUGCAAUCACUCCUUACUUGGCAAGUGCCCCCCCUUCCAUCUUGCUCAAGGAGUGAGAAGGGGGAGGCAAUUCUCCACCACAGGGAUGGGGUGGGGGUGGCUCGGGGUGCCUGGCACUGCCUGUGUUCCUCUGUACAAAGUGUGCAUAUGUGUAUGUCUCUCCUGUGGGUGUUACCCCAGUCUUUCUUUUGUCUGGAAGAAGCAGCAGUGCCUCCCCUCCCCAUUAAACCCUUUCUCAGGGGAG